CCCCGCACCAACUCAACCACGUCAAAUAGGGUAUAUGUAUGCUAUGAGAGAACAUUGACAGACUAUUGCCGUGGCGAGUGUUUUUCCAAAAGAUCUUUCGUUUCUUAAUCUCUCAGAAACUAUGUUUUCAAGACUUAAAAAUGAUCCCUUGUACCAGGACCUCAACUGGCGGCUGGUCCUCAUUGGCUGCGUUGCCAACCUCGGCGCCAUGGGUUUCGGCUUCGACAACGGGUGGUGGGGAGGCGCUUUGGGUCUAUCCCAAUUCCAACGAAAGUACGGUGCCUAUGAUGAUGAACUCGGGCGAUGAACUCGGGCGAUACGCCAUUCCAGCAGAGAAAACAUCAGUCGGGACAGGUACUGGCUCCGCUGGUAUCAUCAUCGGCUGCAUUAUAGCUCCUCUUGUCACUUCUAGGCUCGGUCGAAAGAAGUCUUUCCUUGUAAUCUCAGCUCUUAUGGGAACUGGUGUGGUGCUUGAGUCUUCUGCGGUUACAUCGUUCUGGCAGCUUGUGGUUGGGCGGAUCUUGGUGUACGCUGGCAUGGAGCUUACCUCCAACGUCACCCCCCAUAUAUCUCUCGGAAUGCGCUCCGCCACGGAUUAGAG